CCCAGCUGAGUUCAACAUAUGGAUGAAGAAAUUCUGCGUGGUGUUAGGCGUGACCAGGAAGGACAUCCUGCUACUGCUGAAGAAACAAAGGAAGCCAGAUCCCGUAGACACGGCGGCCUUCGAUUCCUACACAAGGGCAAACGAAGAUCUCUCCAUUCUUGUCCUCCUAGUGGAACUUCCAGCCGCCUUGUCGAUACAGAAGCACGAAGACGACACUGGCAUCAGCGGCGACGGACAAGCUGCCUUCGAGGAGCUCUGCAACAACUGUGACAGGGUAACGGACGAGGUCAUCAGGGCCAAGAUGGAGGAGCUGGAGAACAACCCCAUGAACCCUGGUGAAAAUCCCGACGACUACUUCAACCAGAAGCACCUACUUCGCGCCCAGCUGGAUAAGAUGGGAGAACCCAUCUCCGGCCGCCGCUUCAAGGACAUCUGCGUACAGUGCUUCUCCAACGAAUAUAAGAACGUCAUGUUGAUUGGCCCCAAGCCGAGUGCUGCUGGAUGA